AUGGCUAGCCGAGUUUCCUCGCCGUCAACUGCGAUUCACCCUGCCUUGGCGCACACGACGCCUCUUGAAGGACUGGAGUCGUUGAUUUCAACUGAUCGCACCGACAAUCUCACCGAACAACGUCCCAGGACAUCCUACAACACCAUUUCGCAGUCUGCCCUUCUCACUGGCGACAGUUCAUCGCCCCUCACCGAUCUUCAGGGCACGUCACAUUCAGAAGCAAAGGACCAACAGACCCAACAGGCGCUCCAGCAGUAUGUGGAUCGCCUAGGUGAGCCAGCCGCCUUGUGCAGACCACAGUCUGCCCGUGCCCACCACGGCACUCUCGAUUCGGUUCCCCGCCAAACGAUCAUCAAAGCUCUUGCUUCUGUCGCACGAAGCCACAAGCCUGAAGCUCUCUCGCUCGGCUGUGUGCUGAACGCCACCAUGCAAACCUCGCUGCCGGUUGUCGAGGUUGCCUCGGACAGCCAGCCAGCUGCAGGUGGAGAUCUGGAUGCACAGCUGUCGGCAUCUCUGCAGCCGCCUGCGACUGCGCAAUUCCAGCCUACCACCGGUAAGGAGUCGUCGUCACAGCAGCUUUGCGAUGCUCUCAACGACCUCGCCCUGCGCAGUAAUGCUACCCCUACGACGUCUGCUGCAGCCGCGGCCUUUUCCGGGCUGAAGUCGCCUUGCUACUACCACGAACGCUUCGACGACGCCGUCGACAUUGAGAAGGUUCUGGAAGAGAUCAAGAACGACGAGUACAUGUCUCACUCGCGGCUGGUACAGACUGCCACAGGAGUGCGUGAGGUUUCCAAGCAGCUGCAGCGCCGGCCCAUCAAGCGCGCUGUGCGAAAUAUCAUGAUUGUCACCAAGGCACGCGACAACCAGCUCGUUGUCUUGACGAGAGAGCUCACGCAGUGGCUGCUCUCUACGCCGCGGUAUGGUUCGGACGUUGGUGUCAACGUUUACGUCGAUGCCAAGCUCCGCAACUCGAAGCGCUUUGGUGCUCCUAGCCUUGUGGCCGCCGAUCCCCGCUUCGAGUCCAUGCUGCGGUACUGGACCCCAGAUCUGUGCUGGAGCCAGCCUGAGAAGUUUGAUCUCGUCGUCACACUCGGCGGCGACGGUACCGUGCUCUUCACGUCGUGGCUGUUCCAGCGCAUUGUGCCUCCUGUGCUGUCUUUCAGUCUAGGAAGUCUCGGUUUCCUCACGACGUUUGAAUUUGAGCGUUUCCGCUAUCACCUAGACCGCAUAAUGGGCAACGAAGGCAUGCGCGUGAACCUGCGCAUGCGUUUCACUUGCACCGUCUACCGUGACGGCACUACCCCUGGUGCGCAGCCAGAGGAGGGUGAACAGUUCGAGGUUCUCAACGAGCUUGUCAUCGACCGUGGCCCGUCACCCUAUGUUUCCAACCUGGAACUCUACGGUGACGACGAGCUCCUGACUGUCGUCCAGGCCGACGGCUGCAUAUUCUCCACCCCGACAGACACUAUGCUUCUGCGUGUGUCCAUCCCACGCAACAGCCGUGCCACUGCGUACUGUGCCUUUGAUGGCAAGGGCCGCGUUGAAUUGAAACAAGGUGACUGUGUCACCAUCACUGCGUCGCAGUACCCGUUUCCUACUGUCACCCGCACCGAUACUGAGUGGUUUAACUCGGUUUCGCGCACCUUGCGCUGGAACACGCGUGCCGCCACGCAGAAGGGCUUCGAUGCCAGCCAAGGGGAGAGCGUCAGCGACCUGGCGUCUAAAGAUGAAGUUGACUGGGACAUUGAUACCGACUCCGGCUAUUAUGCCAGCGAGGAAGGCAGUGUAGCUGCCAGCCCGCUGCGGCGGCAGAUGAGUCUUCUCGGCUUGUGA